AUGACAGCAGACGUUAAGCAACUCGAGGCGGAGGCCUCCUCUUUGAGAAAAGUCGCCUUUUUGGGAGUGUCAAUCUCAACUGUGGCCACCCUAGUGUGUGUCCUUUCCGUUCCCAUGCUCUACAACUACCUCCAGCACAUGCAAUCUGUCAUGCAGUCUGAGGUCGAUUUCUGCAAAUCUCGUUCAUCGAACAUCUGGAGAGAAGUCACGAGAACACAGGUCUUGGCCAAGGUCUCCGGCGGAGCCCUGAGGUCACGGCGUCAAGCCGGCUACGGAUCGAGCGGUGUGGAGGGUGGCUUUGAAGCGGCACCGGCUGGAGGAUGCUGUGGCUGUGGAGUCUCCCCACCAGGACCCCAAGGACCACCCGGACCCGAUGGAGACGAUGGACAAGAUGGACAAUCCGGUCUUCCUGGAAAUGAUGGACCUGAUGGCCCGUCUGCCACACCAGCUCCUCAACCCGAUUGGUGCUUCGAUUGCCCAGAGGGACCAGCCGGACCCGCUGGAAACGCUGGACCCAAAGGACCAUCCGGAAACAAUGGAAACCCUGGAGGACCUGGAGCUCCUGAAAUCCUGGAGGCCCCUGGACAACCUGGACAUAUCAAUGAGGUUCCCGGACCAAACGGACCACCAGGACAGCCCGGACAGCCUGGUCAAUCUGGACCCCAAGGACCACCUGGACAAGAUGGAAACCCUGGACAAGAUGGUCAACAAGGACCUCAAGGAGACAUGGGUAAUAAUGGAGGCCCAGGAAACCCAGGACAAGACGGAAACCCGGGACAAGACGGAAACGUUGGACCAUCAGGCGGAUGCGACCAUUGUCCUCCACCAAGAACCGCUCCCGGAUAU